AUGUCGACGCCGACGCCUGCGAUGAAGCACCGGAGGCUUGAGGACCAAGAGACAUUCGUCCCACCUCUGUUUCACAUGCCUGUGCGGCCCCCGGCUAACGGCUUCCCAUGCGAAACAGACAUCGUCAUCGCAGGGGCCGCCAAAAACAGCAGUAGUGGGAACAAGGGCAUUGACAGCAAGGCGCUUCUACUGAAUGCCUCGCCCACGCUGGAGUUCCCAGCAGAGGAUGCAGCAGCGCUUCUUACAGCGCUGCGGCAGCACCCAAAGUGUGCGGAAAUACGUGAGCAGCUCGAAGGCAUCAACGAGGCGUACAUUGAGAGUAUAUUCGGUGAGGAGGACGCCCGAGAGGACGACACGCGCCGGCGUGUGGAUUACAACAGUGCAUGCGCUGUUCUCAAGUCGAAUUCGUCAAAGAGGCUUUCCAUAUGUGUUUCGUGCCUCACGCGUGGCCAGCACCGGCACUACCGCUCGUGGAUGAUCACGUACAUGCAAACAGGCGUGCUACCGAAGGCAACAGAGGAUUACCCCGAUAUGAGCACCGUGCUCGACCUUGUCCAGCGCGAGCAGACGGCGUAUCUGCACAAAUUCAUGGAGGAGACCAUCUCGUGUGAGGCGUGCAAGCUGGAGGCCGGAUACAACAAACGGUCCCUGGGGGCGGGCGAAGCAUCGGCGUCGCACCGGGCCUGCUGGAACCACAACUACUUGGACGAACAUGUGGAGCGUUUCGCGAAGCGCUGGUGGCGGUACCGGCUUGAAUCGCAGGUACAGCUGUGCCUUCUGGAUGCAGAAGGAAACGAGAGCAGAAACGACAAGAGCAAGAACGAUACAGUACGCGAGGUUGUAUGGGACUUGAAGAAAACUGCGGCCUCAGCGGAGGGAAUGCCGCUGGCUACACUCACUCCUCGCACACGUCAGUUGGCUACCCGACGUGUCGCCGACACCAUCGCACUGCGCGAGUCGUUGGGGAGGUCGCGUGUGCUGCCGGCCGUCGCGAUUCCACCGUCUCUGCCGCUGCCGGUGCAGCAGCUCGAUGAGCGCGAGCCAAAGCUGCAUCCCACCACCCACACCGAGCAGCAGCACCACGAGGAAGAAGGUGUGGAGAAAGAGGAGCGGCCACCGGUGCAUCCUGUCAAAACGGUGCCGGGCGUGUCAUUCACUGUCCGUGUGUGCAAGUCAGCGCUGCUGGAGUUGGCGACGGCACACCUGUCGUCAUGCCGCGCGGGAUUCCGCCUGCCGCUGCGCUGCACGUGGCACCCAGAGGAGCGGCGGCUGCACAUUUGCUUCGACAAGCCGCUGCCGGCUGGCCGCGAGUCUCGGCGUAAUAUAAGUGCGUCGGCGCUGAAGCGUCUGGUGGACAGCGAUCCGCAUCUCCCGUCGAACGGCCGCUGCAGCGUGAUGGGCCGUGGCGAGAGCAGGUGCUACGCGGAUGUGUCGUUUGGCAAAGACAUCUCCAUUCAGUGUGUGGCAAACUGCGCCUACGACAUCAACGGUCACAACCCUGUCUUCCGGAUGGUGAAGAUAGAGUACAACUGCAAAGGNCAGUGUGUGGCAAACUGCGCCUACGACAUCAACGGUCACAACCCUGUCUUCCGGAUGGUGAAGAUAGAGUACAACUGCAAAGGCUACAACACCGUCCCCGACGAUGAGAAGACAUUCCACUACGAGAGCUUUAGUAAGCGGGAGGUGGUGCGGAUGUGGGUGCUUCUUCACUGCUAUCCCACUGCCAUACUGUAUGUCUACCGUGUCAACGCGUACUCGAAUGCCGUGAUUGGAAUCGAGCAAUUCUCCGCUGUGUCCUUUAUGAGCCAGGUGAUGGGGCUAUGGUCGAGCGACGCGGAGGUGCAGCGCACGUGGAGUUCGCUUCACGACGUACUGGAGAAUGUUGUGUCUGCCGUCGUACGGCAAAAGCUUCCGUUGUUGGAACAACCUGAUGGUGCGGGUAACUUCACCUUCAUACUCUCCAAAGAGUUGGGUGACGGCAGUUUAAGUCUUUGCUCUGUGCGAGCCUGCUACCCGCAGCUGCAGCUAGACGAGACGGUAACGUCCUUUAUUGAGCCGAGCAGCCGGGCGGUGUGCCGGCGUGAAUACCUGCCGCCGUGUGUGUGGCCCUUUCACGACCGCAUUCCCUACACAUACGCCCCGGCCCCCAAGACGUGUUACGUCAUCAACCGCACGACGGAGACGCGACACGAGUCCGCGUAUUAUGCCAAGCACGACGUAUGGCACCAUGAGUCACGUUACUACACGGUCGGGGAGGACGGCAUCGUGCGCGAGCGGCUNGAGCCGUAG